GCUGGUGAUCUAUCUUGGCCAGCCAGUCGUGCUAUUUGCCGCCGCCAGUCACGCAGACACUGCAGAGCACCGUCAUCUUGAUCGUCCUGAAGUGGCGAAGACGCUCAUCGACGAGCUCUUCUUGGGCUUCGACCCGCUCCUCGCGGCUCUGCCGCCGAGCUUCGCAGAGAGCGCGCGGCCGCCAGACCAGCACAUCACGCGUGUGUCACCUGAUGAUAUUGACAUGGUGCUCGAGAUGGCAGCGCAGCCGGUCCUCCUCUGGCUCGAGCUCGGCGCUUUCGAGGGCGGGUCCGCCAUUCUGACGGCGCGCCGCGCCGCGGCCAGGGCGGCCAAGGCCCCGUUCGACGCCAGGACAACAGUCGUUGCCGUCGACACCUUCGUCGGCGACAGGUUUCGAGCGAACGUGCUUAGGGCUGGGCCCGCAGCUGCCCUGGUGCUGCCGCUGCACGCCACCUCCGUCACUGCGCUGCGGCUGUUGCCCGAGCUGGCCGAUCAGGCCGUGCUGCCGAGGCCGCAAGUGAUCUACCUCGAUUCAGCACACGAGGCGGGCGAGGUCUUCCUUGAGCUGCAGUUGGCUUGGGAGGCUGUGUCCCCUGGUGGGAUUGUCUUCGGAGACGACUGGGCCUUCCCAGAGGUGCGGCACGAUGUUCUGUCUUUCGCGGCAACGCUGGGGGCGGAUGUCGACGACUCGUUGGGGCAGCAGUCUGCGACGGCUCGCAGCCCGCGCACAUUGGGCAGGAUACGGCGGGGCCUCUUUGUCUCGUACCGCAGCUUCCAGUGGUUCAUGCGAAAGUCGCCGGAGCCGACCCGUACUGGCACUGCUACUGCAAGUCAAGGGGCGGCUGGCGAGGACUGCUGGAGCGGCGGCUUCGGCGCAGGGGAGUGCUGCGAUGAGGAACGGCAUGGCCCGGGGGGCAACCAUUUGUGCUGGGACCUUGUCUUCACCUUCGACAGGUGCUGCCACUCUUCGGUAACCUGA